GACAGUGCGACCCCUGCGGUGAUUUCGGGAUCAAGAGAAAUCUCUGCAGUGAUCGGGGAUCCUUGCGGAUACCUCGGGGGCGGAGGGGGCAUCCCUGGAUUGAUCCAGGGAUUCGGGGUUGAUCCCUGCCGUGAUCCCGCGUCGAGGCUUGUGUGGAUCCCUGUAGUGUUCCCAAGAGCGGCUGUUGGGUGGAUUCGAGCUGUGAUCGCAGGGAGCAGACGGAGCCGCGGCUGAAGAUGCCGCUUCGCCGCUGAUUGUCCCGGUCCCUGUCCCGGACAGUGCCAUGGCCCGACCCCCGUGGAGAUGCUUCAGCUCCUUCCUGCGGGAAGAACGUGCCUCCUCCGUGGAUACCGCAGGCCUGGCUCUCCCCGAGGCCAUCGGCGAGGAAGAUGAAGACGAGCUGCCAGCUCUGAGUGGUGCCAACCAACUGCGGAUGGUGCUCCAGGACGAGGCGGCGAUUUGUAAUGGAGCCGGGGCCGAUUCUAACCCCGAGCCGGGAGCGGGGCUCCCGGAGGAACUCCCGCCGGACACGGCAGCUAACGAGCAGACAUGCCAUCGCUGCAGCAAGACUUCCGAAUCGGUUCGCCAAAAGACAGUGAGGAGAAAGUUGUGGAUCGCGAUGACUCUGUAUAGUGUGUUUACUGCUGGGGAAUUCAUAGGGGGAUAUCUCUCCAAUAGCUUGGCAGUUAUGACUGAUGCAGUUCACAUGCUGGCUGAUGUCCUUGGGAUUGCUGCUUCCUUGGUUGCACUGUUUCUCGCUGCGAAGCCUCCAAGCAGCAGGUUUACCUUUGGUUUGCAUCGGUUUGAGGCCCUGGCUGCAGUGCUGAGUGUAAUGCUGAUCUAUGCUGUGACUAUUGGGCUCAUCUAUGAAGCAGUUCAGAGGACCAUACACAAGGACUUUGAAAUCCAAGCAGAUGUGAUGAUCAUCAUUGCAGCAAUUGGAGUUGCUGUUAACCUCAUAAUGGGAGUUUUACUGAACCAGUCCAGUCACAUGCAUUCCCAUGCUCGCUGCCAAUCGGAACCUGCUGCCAGAGGAGAUCAGAGGAACAACACAAAUCAUAGUCAUAAAGCAGGCAGCCUUGCUGUUCGAGCUGCUUUCAUCCAUGCCCUUGGGGACCUGGUGCAGAGUAUUGGUGUGCUGAUGGCUGCUUACAUCAUCCGCUUUAAACCUCAAUACAAGAUCGCUGACCCAAUCUGUACUUACAUCUUCUCCUUCCUGGUGCUGUGCACAACUUUCCCAAUCCUACGUGACACCAGUUUAAUCUUCUUGGAAGGAACUCCACGACACCUUGAUGUUCAUCGUCUCCGUGACACUCUGUUAAAAAUUGAUGAUGUUCAUUCUGUUCAACGCCUGAAUGUCUGGUCACUAACUGUUGGCAAAACAGCAGCAAUUGUGCAUUUAAAGCUGAUUCCAGAGAGUUUCUCCAGGUGGGAAGAUGUGCAAUGUCAGGUGCAGCAGAUCAUGCUGUAUACUUUCGGAAUGCACCAAUGCACUGUCCAAGUGCAGGUCUUCAAGGAGACUGGGAAUAAUGCCUGCAAUAAGUGCAGGUCCUUGCAAGCUUAGUAGCUGGACUCAGGUCUGAGGAAGAGAAAAACUUCACUCAACCGAUUGCUCAGAAAAUCUACAAUUAAUAAUUUUAUGUAAAUUUUAAAAAGUAGCAUUUGUAAAUUUUAACAUGGUGACCAUUGUCAAGGAUAAACAACUGUGAUAUUGAACAUCACAAAACCCAAUAUGUCACUAAGUCAGAGAUAAUGGGAACUGCAGAUGCUGGAGAUUCCAAGAUAAUAAAAUGUGAGGCUGGAUGAACACAGCAGGCCAAGCAGCAUCUCAGGAGCACAAAAGCUGACGUUUCGGGCCUAGACCCUUCAUCAGAGAGGGGGAUGGGGGGAGGGAACUGGAAUAAAUAGAGAGAGAGGGGGAGGCGGACCGAAGAUGGAGAGUAAAGAAGAUAGGGGGAGAGAGUGUAGGUGGGGAGGUCACAUGUUGCUAUCAUAUCACCAUUAGGACCUCACUCCCAGCAGCUUCUCUUGAAGAAUCUUUGCUGCUUAGUUACUAAUCAGUCUGGUCAGCUUCUUCUCCAAUCUCUGAUAAUUUCUAUUCUGCAGUAUCUGGACAGUAUUACUGAAUUGUUACACAUCAAGUCCUGCAUCAUUGCAUUUGCCAUUUACUACAAAGCAACUUUAUUUUAGCUGUUCCAUUGCAUUAUUUCAGUUUUGUUAUUGACCUAGCGGUAGUUAUGAUUUGCCAUCGAUAGUAUUACAGAUCCCGGGAAUUAAGAAACCAUAUUGAGAAUUGUCAAGUGAGUUUGAAUAAUUUCAGCACAGGUAUGAUGGAAUGAUUGGCUUCCUCAUGUGCUGGGUCAUUCAUUGAGUUCCCAAAGCAUUGGGAACAGGUUCAAGGUUCAGGAGGUGAGUUAAGGUUUGUUAUAUAUUGCUUCAGCCAAACACAUGAAUAAUUAUGAAAGUGCCUCUAAUGAAGUUAUAAUUUUAAGCCCUCUCUAUUUACUGCUGGCCCCGUCUCCAUUCCCAAUUGCUGUAGCUCUGUACGACCAACAUUAGAAAUUUGGUGGGAGGUGAAAUAUUUUAAUAUGUUUCAGCACAUUCGUCCAGUACCAUUGUGCCAAAGACUCUGGGAUUUCGUUCUGCUUACAGAAGGCAGGUUGAAAUGUAGGUCUGUACCAUGUGUAACUAUUAGUUGAGCUGCAGGCAGGACCGUUAUGUCACUGAGUUUGUUACAGCUGAGUGUGCAACAGUACAGUCUGUCUGGAAUGUGAACAUAAAACCUCUGCAGUAAAGGGAUACUACUGUGACCCAUGUACUUUGUUUGAAGUGAAGACAGAAAAUGCUGGAAAUACACAGGUGUCCUGGCAUCACCUGUGGGAAAUAAAGGGUGAGGUAGUUCUGAGUGAAGAUAAUUGACCUACGACAUAAACUCCAUCUCUCCACAGGUGCAGCCAGAUCUGCUGAGUUUCUCCAGUAUUUUGUUUUUUAUUGAAUCUGCAGUAUGUUGCUUUUUCUGAAAUGUUGACUUUGUCAGGUGUUUAUUGUUAAACAGUGUUUUAUAAUCAACACUUUAAAUGAUGUAUUUUUGGAAUAAAUUUUCUGUGUUAAUAUUUAUUUAGGUAAAUGUCUGUCCUUAGAUAUUACAGGAACUGUCUGUAAUAUUUCACUCUCAACACCAUGGAAAUCGUACUUUAUACACUUGGAAUGUUUUAUGAUAAGAAUCUAAAAAUACAAGAGUUAGUGAUUUGUAUAAGCA